AUGGAAGUUUUCGAGGGAGCCCGCAGCAGCGAAAAUGUGCUUGAUUUGUCGCGCUUAAAUCUCAACAACUUGACUUUUGACAGUCUUAGCGAAAAACGGAGAACUGGGACAAAGCAACUUUAUCUGUGUUUUAACCGGCUGAUUGGGCUACCCAGUUCGAUCUGUUUGUUCUCCAAUCUCGAGUUUUUGGACAUUAGCAAUAAUGGAUUAUCGGUGAUCUGUGAGGACAUUACACGGUUAACGAAGCUAAAAACGCUCAUUGCAAAGAACAAUCGUCUAGAUGAGUUUUCGUUGCCAAAAGAUUUCGGGUCUUUGCAGCUCGAAGUGUUGAACUUAAGUGGGAACAGAUUUGAAGAGGUGCCCGUCCAGUUCCUGCAGCUGCAACGGCUGCAGUCUCUCUCACUUGGUGGAAACAGACUAAAAAGCAUCCCAGCAGAGAUAGAAAAUUUGACAAGUCUUGAAAUGUUGUAUUUGGGAGGGAACCUGAUCUCCUCCAUCCCUGCUGAACUUGCUAACCUACCCUUCCUGUCGUACCUGGCCUUGUGUGACAAUCGUAUCCAGAGCGUACCACCCCAGCUCACCAGUCUUUACGCGUUGCGCUCUCUUAGUCUCCAUAACAACUUGCUGACCUAUCUGCCACGAGAGAUCCUCAGCCUGGUGCACCUGCAGGAGCUCAGUCUCCGUGGAAACCCGCUGGUCGUGCGCUUCGUCAAGGACAUGACCUAUGACCCUCCGUCUCUCCUGGAGCUGGCAGGCAGGAACAUCAAAACGCGGAACCUUCCGUACUCACACAAGGACCUGCCAGCUCACCUGGUCACCUAUCUGGACACAGCCAGCAAAUGCCCCAACCCAAAGUGUGGAGGCGUGUACUUCGACUCCUGCGUGCGUCACAUUAAAUUUGUGGACUUCUGCGGAAAGUACCGGCUGCCCCUCAUGCAUUACCUGUGCUCCCCAGAAUGCACCUCUCCAUGCAGCUCCAACCCCCAGAGUGAUGCCGACUCUGACGACGACCAAAGCAUUCCCGUCGACCGCCUGCAGAGGGUGCUGUUGGGAUGA